AACUAUCUAUUUUCUUUUUUAACCUCUUAAAACAUGUAUAAAAAGAGGUCGUGAAUUGAAGUAAGCUCAUUCAUAGAACUCUCGAAAAUGGAUGCAUUGAUAUUUAUCAGUAUUCUCAUUUGUGCGAUAUUUCCAUGUGCAUCUUCAUCAUGGAUGAAUACAACCAACACAGAUGAUCAAGUACAAGCAGAUAGUAAAUAUCAUUUACAUAUGAGCCAUCCCGACAUCAUUGUGCUUUAUACAAAUGUACGAUCUCAAACCAUGUUGAUGAAUUACACUUUACUAUGUGAGGAACAACGUACAGUUAUAUUGAAAGCUCUUGCUAACGACAAGACUAUGGUUGAUGUGAGUUUAAAAGAUGAAAUUAUUCAAUGUGGUAACAAAAGCUCGGAAAUUAAAACGAGAAACAAUUCCGUUUCUAAUGAAUUCAGCUUUUAUGAUCAUGGAUCAAUAACACUCCGUAUGUCUGGUAAGAGAUUUGGAAGGACGUAUAUUACUUUCAACUUGUAUAAUUCAUCAUCAACGGAUAAGAUUCUUGUCGGAAAGCAGAAAAUUCCCUUGAUUGUUCUCCGUAAAGACGAACCAGCGUCAGAGAUCUUCAAGUACAUGAUGUAUAUUGUGACGGUUAUUGUAAACUUUGGGUUUGGUUGUAAAACUGAUUUGAAGGUAGUUAAAGAAACGUACAGAAAGCCUGUUGCACCAGCCAUUGGAAUUGGUUGCCAGCUUUUACUUAUGCCAAUGAUUGGUUACGGUAUCGCUAAGUUAGUUACACCAGGAGACCCGUACAUAUCACUUGGUAUAUUUAUAGUAUCCUGCUGCCCGGGAGGGGGUCAAAGUAACAUCUUUACCUACCUCCUUGGAGGAGAUAUAUCACUGUCGGUUUCUUUGACUGCAGUCAGUAUGAUGCUUUCUUUUGGAACAAUGCCUCUAUGGUAAUUUACAUUGGGCCGGGAAAUUUCUACAAACGCCGAAACAGAAAUGCCAUAUCUAGAAGUUGUAACAACAUUAAUAUUCAUCCUAAUCCCGCUCUUGAUCGGAGUAUUCGUUCAGUACAAACUAACACGAAUUCACAAUUUCAUGUUGAAAAUUCUUUUACCAAUCACGAUUGUCGCAGUUAUUCUACUUCUUGUCACAGGAAUCUACUCUAAUU